AGCAGCGCCAGGGGCCCGUUUCUCGGGACUCUCUCGGGUUCGGUCACCCCGGGGGUGUCUCUGGGCUCCGGGCGGGGAGCAGGGCGAGGCUUGUGGCCGGUCUCUGGCAGCGGAGGGGUUAACCCUGUGGCUCGCUGCUAAGGGCGGGGAAGUUGCUCUGGCUCCUGCUGCUCCGCAGAGCCGGGGCUGAGCUUCCCGGGUCAGACGCUGCCGCCGCCUCCAUCGUGAGCCGGGAGCCCGGGCUGAGCCGCUGCUGCUCCUCAGCGGGGUGUGUGCGGGAGAGCCCUUCCCCAGCGCCCCUCGGGGCCCAGCCGGGGGGACUUUCUCCGGGGGCUGGAACCAGGCCCUGAGCCGGAGCCUGCAGGCUGCAGAACACCCAUGUCUUGCUCCAGAUCAACUCAUGCCCUCCAGAGACAGGGAAAGGAAAUGGCAGCAGCAGAGCCAGUGACCUUCGAGGAGGUGGCUGUGUAUUUCUCCGAGGAGGAAUGGACUCUGCUGGACCUGGGUCAGAGAGCCCUCUACAGAGAUGUCAUGCAGGAGAAUUAUGAGACUGUGACCUCACUGGCAGGAUUUCCAAUUUUCAAACCUAAUGUUAUCUCCUGGGUGGAGCAAAAGGAGGAGCUGCGGGUCCCGGAUCUCCAGGGUUCUGAGGAAGGGGAGAUCAUCAGCGACACCCACACAGGGGAGGUGACGGUGAGUGAGAAUAUCAAGGAAAGUCUUCAGCAGGAAGGUCCUGAGCAAGUGGAACCACAUGGGAUGUUAUUGGGAAGAUCUGAAGGGCGUGUUUCCCAGAGUCCUGGGCAGGGAGAAACCUGUGAGAGUCAGCACAGGCCAGAAAGGCAGCAGGGAAACCAUUCAGGUGAGGGACAGGGUAAAUCCACUCACAGGAGUAGAGUGGUGAAAAGAAACAAAGAAACCGAUCAACAGAAAAUCCCACAUCAAGAGGGACUCUACAUUUGCAGUGACUGUGGGAAAAGCUUCCAGUGGAGACAGGUCCUUUGUUUACACCAGAGAAUGCACACAGGCGAGAAACCCUUUAAGUGCUCUGACUGCGGGAAAAUCUUCCGUUGGCACUCAAGUCUUAUUGAACAUCAGAGAACCCACACAGGAGAGAAGCCCUUCAACUGCUCUUACUGCGGGAGAAGCUUUAGUCGGUGCUCAUACCUCAUUAAACAUCAGAUACUACAUACAAGAGAGACACCCUAUAACUGCCCUGACUGUGGGACAAGCUUCAGUCAGAACUCAGACCUUGUUAGACAUAGAAGAACCCACACAGGCGAGAAGCCCUUUAACUGCUCUGUCUGUGGGAAAAGCUUCAGUCGGAGCGCAAGCCUUACUGAACACCAGAGAAUUCACACAGGACAGAAACGCUUCAACUGCUCUGUCUGUGGGAAAAGCUUCAGUCGGAGCUCAAACCUUACUGAACAUCAGAGAACCCACACAGGAGAGAAGCCCUUUAACUGUCUUGACUGUGGGAAAAGCUUCAGUCAGCGCUCAAAUCUUGAGAGGCAUCAUACUAUCCACACAGGAGAGAAACUCUUUAACUGCUCUGACUGCAGGAAAAGCUUCAGGGAACGCUCAUACCUUAUUGCACAUCAGAGUAUUCACACAGGACAGAAACCCUAUAACUGCUCUGACUGCGGGAAAAACUUCAGUCGGAACUCAUACCUUAUUAAACAUCAGAGAUUACAUACAAGAAAGACACCCUAUAACUGCCCUGACUGCAGGAAAAGCUUCAGUCAGAGCUCAGACCUUGUUAGACAUAGGAGAAUCCACACAGGAGAGAAACCCUAUAACUGCCCUGACUGUGGGAAAAGCUUCCAUCGGAAUUCAAACCUUAUUGAACACCAGAGAAUCCACACAGGCAAGAACCCCUAUGACUGCCAGGGCUCUGGGAAAAGGUUCAGUCGGAGCUCAAGCCUCAUGGAACAUCAGAGAACCCCCACAGGAGAGAAGCCCUUCAACUGCUCUGACUGUGGGAAAAGCUUCAGUCGGCGCUCAAAUCUUAACAGGCAUUUUAUAAUCCACUCAGGGGAGAAACCCUUCAACUGCUCUGAAUGAGGGAAAAACUUCAGUGAAUGCUCACACCUUAUUGCACCUUAGAGAAUUCACGCAGCACAGAAACCCUAUAAUUGCUCUGACUGUGGGAAAAGCUUCAUUCAGAGCUCAAGCCUUACUGAACAGCUGCGAAUCCACACAGGAGAGAAACCCUACAGACGCAGUGUGAGGAAAAAAAGCUUCAGUCAGUGCUCACUCGUUCUCUCACAUCAGAGAACCCAAAGGUGAGAAAGACCCUGUGAAUUCCCAAGUGCAGGAAAAGCCUCAGUUGGAGGUCAAUCCUUGGUGUCCACCAGAGAAUCCACACAGGGAAGAACUCUUUAAAUACCCUAAUUUGGGAAAUAUUCAGUGAGAACUCAGCCCUUAAUAAACCUCAAAGAAGCUACAGCGAAGAGUGCCCCGACUCUGGGAAAGCUUUCUAGCACAACUCAUCACUCGAUAGAUGUAAGGGAAUCCACCCAGGACAUAAACCUUAAAAGUGUGCUGGCUAGGGAUGGGCCAACUGAAUAACAUCUUUGUUUAUUCCCACAAAUCUCAGAGGGUCUGGCAUGGCUGCAGUGCCAUGUAGUGAGGACAUGGAACAUUAUCAAAGCAGAGAAUGAAAUGUCCUUCCUAGAACAGAGCCAUGCAGAGCAAGAGGCUGAGAUAAGAUUCCCACAAUAUGAUGGGACUUGAUUAUGACUAGUUGGGAAAUCUGAAUGUUUUGUGUUCAGCCACUUCAUUUAAGUUUGAUGUUAUACACCUAACCCCCUCUUUUUCUUGUCUGCUGUGACUUCUCAUUCAUCCCUGAUAGUGUUUUUAGGCUGGAAUCCACCAAAGGACUUAAGCCGUGUGACACUGAGUGUUGCAAAUAUCUAACUUUUGUGUGGCUAGAAUAUCAGAGAAACAGCUGAGUUAUGUGACCAAGCCCCUUAUAAAAGGAAUGAGAAGAUAAGGGUGCCUUAGAAUGAGAUCCCCAAAUCCCUGCAGAUUACGUGGGGAGCCAUGUAAACUAGCUAGUGUGGCAUGCUGAUGAAUGGUAUGUCCUAAGCCCCGCCCCUUUUAUGGAAAUAGAUACAUAUCUCUACUUCCAAUUCUUGAGCCGUGGAAGCAAUCCUCUGAUAAUAGGGCCCAGUCCAGUAGAUGUUUUCAGAGGCCGCCUAACUCCACACAAAAUAGUUGCAGGGGGCAAAUCUCCCUCAGAACCUUUUGGCCAGUGGUUAGGGUAUUCACUCGGAUGUGGGAGACCAGGUCCAGUCCCCUCUCCACCUAAUAAAGCCAAAAUUUUAGAACAUGGAUCUGCCACCUCUCAGAUGAGUGCCCUAGCCUAGCCUAGAUAUUCUGAUGUGGGUUUCUCAAUCUGUCCUAGUGAAGUAGUUCCACUGUGUAUAAAUACCAAGAGUCGUUAAGCCAGACAGUGAGUGAAAAUGACCCUAUAGUCCUGUGCUUAGAGCACCCACCCACCCCUUGCUCCAAUGAUUCUAAGUUCUCCUCAAGAUAAAAUCCUAAAUCCUGCCAUGAAGAAGAAGAUUACAGAAAUUCCAGCUACUAAAAAGUUCACAAAAGUUUAGGAAAUCAAUUGUUAUUGCUAAAAUUCCACAGGGAAUUUCUGUGCUUCAUGGAAGUUGGAAGUUGGCCUUGGCAAACGUAAUUAUUGCUUUCCUAGAACACUAACCCAUUGGAGUUCAGUUCUGUUCCCUAAAACCAGACACUUGGGGAUUGGUAGGUGUUGUUAACUGAAAAGUACCCAAGUCAUAUAAACCCAACAACUUCCAUCCAACUAUGAAAAAGAUCCUAAUUUCAAAUUGUACAAAAGAAAAGAAUUAUGCUAGAAAUAGUAAAAGUAGUACAGCCUUAAAACUGCUUCAGAUUGGGGGAAAUUCUUCUAAAAACAAAACUGGAAUGGGUUAGAGGAUUUGAAUGUAACACCAUUGUAACAAAACUGUUUUGGUGCUGAUUUAAACUGCAUGCUUUCACAUGUAACUACCAGAGGUAUUGUUCACAUGGCACAUGGGUAGUGCUGAUCUCACUUUACUUGGCUUACUAAAUUACCUGGCUUAUUGCUUAGAAGAGCUUCUUAGCUUUAAAUUACUGGUGUGAUGAGAACAUAACUGAGUCUCAACUGUACUUAUGGUAUGAUCAUAUCUUUGUGGAAAUUCAUUGUUUAGUGGUUAAUUUUCUUGUCUUGUCUUGCUCCAACUCUACUCCUUAUGUUAAGUACUAGUCAGAACUACCAACUGUGUAAAUCACUAUUCUGUUCUGCCCUGUGCCUUCGACUGUGUCUGCACUGCUCACCUUGCAAUGGCGCUGCUGUGCCGCUGCAGCCACGCCAUUGUAAGGUGCAAACUAAAAUCACCUCCAAGGACAGGCGGUAAGGUCAUCACCAGAAGUGUGGCUCCCGCCAACACUGUCCACAUCAGUGCUUUUCAUCAUUAAGACUUUUGUCAUUCAGGGGGAGUGUUUUUUUACAGCUCUGAGCAACAAAAGUUUUAAUGACAAAAGUGCCAGUGUAGACAAAGCCUUACACGUAUCUCCUGCAGUUCUGCUGUCUUUGUAUGUGUGAGUGAGAAUUAUCUGCCAGCAAGAGGCUCAUUCUUAGAUCUCUCUCCCUUGUGACAUAACACUGUGUGUGUGUGAAUGAGAAGAGCUCCUGUCUAACUUCAAAAUCUCACUUCAAUCUUUAUCGUGUGCGUUCUAAAUUUUAAAGCACACUUUAAUUUCAUGGUGUGUUUUUAACUACAUUGUUAUUUCAUGUACUAAAGAUUUACACUCCACACUAGCUUCAUUCCAGUCUUGGUUUAGGAACUUCACUAGUUACUAUUUUACCUUUGUUUAUUUUAAAUACAAAAGCAGGGUUAUUUCUCUUUCAAUAGUUGAAUGUUACACUGUUUACCCAUUGGUGUAUGGAAUUAUUUUUAAUAAUCUCUCUCUUUCUUCUGCCAAUUAAUUCAAACACCAAGAUCUCCCAACAGUACACAGCCUUCCUAUCAACUCUCUCAGAAAACUCCCUCAACCUGCUUCAUUACAUUUAAUUUGAGUACCUUGGUUAAUCAAACUGAUUUCUGAACUUUCACAGUUGUGAAAUUGACUAUUAACUCUACCAUAUCAGAGUUAAUUCUCUUGCUCUGCCCUGUUGUAUAAAAAUCACAUUCGGUGAUUCUUUUACCCCAGCUUUUGCAUAUGUUAUUGUAACCAUUUCCAGUUCAACACGUGUGUCUAAAUGCUGCCUAAUUUUGAGCUGGCAUCAUUGUAUGACUGUCAGUUUGCUUUAAGGAUCAUGGUUAGGCUCAGAAUACCAGCUUCUUAAAACAUAAGUAUAAGCUGUAGUAUUGUUAUUGCAAGCUUUGGUUAAGGUGGCCCUGCUCUCCCUUCUGUUGUCCUCUUCAACCUCUCUCAUUUAAUCCAAAUUCAUUUUUAGUUUAAAAUUGUAAUAUCAAGUUGAAUUAUAGUUGCUGUGAUCUAUUUACUUCAUUGAGCUUAUUUAUCUGAUACUAUUUCUUUAAGUUUAGGUGUUGAAUUCUGUCAAUAAUGCUUAGUUACUCAUUAAUUUUAAUUAGGGGAAACAACUUGUGGAUGUUAUUAGUAUCCUAAGAAGUUUAAGUGAAUAACGUUAUGAUUAACGCUCAUAGGUUUUUUAAUUGUAUACUCAGUUUUAUAACACUUAUCCAUAUGAUAUAGUUAAACAACCUUGGGGGGGGUUUCACUUUCUCUUUUAGAAUUUUUUUUAGUUAAGAGAUUUUUUUUUUAAAGCAUUGGUCUGUUGUCUCACUUAUUUUAUUUGCCUUUUUUACCUGGUAUAUCUUAUUUGCAUAAUCUUUGUUGAUUUAAUUGUUUAUCAAUUUCUUUGUCAUUUUUAGCUUACUAAGAUAAAUGUUUCUUUAUUUCAAAGUCAACUUCAAUGUUCCUCAAUCUAUAGGAGAAAGAAUCCAUGGUAAAUUUGUGUGUGUUUACCCCGAUGCAAUCACAUUGUUGACCAAAUUAAACUACAGAUCCAUAACACUUCAUUUGAUGUGGCCUAACUAAAUCAAAAUAUCCAUGAUGUUUAAUGGCCAGACAAAAGGAAAAGUGGAAAAAUACAGCUUGUGAAACCAUAGCGCCUGUUUUGCAAUGACACCUACCAUAUAAGAAAUGGAAUUUUAGUAGGACUGUCGAUCGCAGUUAAUGCCUAUGAUUAACUGAAAAUAAAAUUAAAGUAUUAUUUUUUUAACAUGUUAAUCACAUACCUCUGGGUGGGGAGGGAGGCACCGGUGGGGGGCCUGAAGCCCCAGCCUGCCGCUCCAGAGCUGGCUGGGACGGCGGGCUGAAGCCCCAGCCUGGAGCCCCAUGCUCCAAGCAGGUCUGGAGACACUUGCCUCAAGAGGGCCUGAAGCCCCAGAGCAUCUGAAGCCCGGCACUCCAAGGGGGGCUGAAGCCUGGAGCCCUGAGCCCAGAGCAGGAUUGGAGCCCCACAGCACCUGAAGCCUGGCACACCAAGGGGGGCUGAAGCAUGGCACCCCAAGCAGGGCUGAAGCCCUGAGCCCUGUGUCCCGAGAGGGGGGACUAGAGCCGAACCCCAUGCGCCAAAGGAGGCUGAAGUCCCGAGCCCCAAGCAGGGCGGAAACCCAGAGCCCCCAAGCCUAUAUUUGAAAAUAUAAAAAAACCUCAAAAAUAUUUAAAUAAAUGGUAUUCUAUUAUUAUUUAACAGUGCAAUUAAAACUGUGAUUAAUCACAAUUAUUUUUUUAAUCGCUUGACAGCCCUAAAUUUUAGUAAAAUCUGUGCUCUCACAAACAGAACUGUAAGCCAGGAGUGUAAAUCGCUUUUUUUAUUAACUACCAGUUUGUGUGAAUAGAAUGUAUUGGGGUAUCAGUUCUUAUAAGUAAAAUGCUAAAAGGUAUUAAUUAAAGUAUGGGAACAGGUUAUUGUAGCAACUAUAAAUAUAUAUGGGAAAGGAGUGUUAUGUAUCCAAAAUAAGUAAGCACUCAAUUGUGAAUAGGUAAAGUAUAUUAUAUUUGCAGUCCCUUAUAUUUUGUGUUAAAUUCUCUAAACUGUAUGAUAGGUAAGUGUUGUUGGCUUUGUAUGAACUUCUGCUUUGUUUAUGUGCUGAAGAAUGAAAACUUAGCAAAAGGUAAAAUACAGGAACCUUGUGAAACACAACAACCUCUAGAUAUUGUACUGCACCUAGCUGCUGCAAUAUAUGUGGAGCUAGAUGUGAAAAAGUCUGUAAGGUCUAUAUUGUUAACCAAUAUUAAUAAUAUUUACAAUAUUAACAUUAUAUCUAAUAUCGCACGUAUUCAUUAAAUUGUUUUCAUGUGAAGAUCUUCCCAAAAUGUUUUCACUUAUGUUAAUCAGAGAGAAAGCUGGAGUGUUUUAAUUCCAGAACUAAACACAAAUAUACCAGGAAAAGGGAUUCCUUUAAACUUUUCUGAUUUCUGAAAUGCUAUGACUGGAAUGUUCAAAACAAUUUUUUGGUCUUUUGUACAUGCAUCUCUGUGUUUCUGUGUUGUGCAUGGUCUGUAUAACUGUCCAAAUGUAAAAAGUAUGCCAUGCUGAAACUUACAACUUAUCUCCCACAUACCAGGUAUAGCAAUUAUUGAUGUCUUACUGUCAGUGAGAAACAUGUCAAUGAAAAUUCAUAUAAAAGAUGUAUUAGGUAAAGUGUUAUAAAGAAAAUUGUGAAACUCCUCCCAGUUAGAUAUAAAUACAGGAGGGGACAGCACAGAAUCUUUGAGAUGGUUUGACAGUUACAACUGUUCUCUUUUCGAGGGUCAAUAAUGUAGGUACUCUUCUUUUCUGUAUUGUGCUGUAUUAAUCUUUGACUAAUAAUUUUUGAACAAGCCUACCCGUUUGACAUAUCCCACCUGCAAGAGCAUUAAUAACCAUAAUCAAUCAUUCUCUUUUUUCAUUUGGUUUUCCUGAACUAGUGAUAUAAGAAGCAAUUUAUAAAUAAGUCCAUAUAAUUAAUUGUUGUUUCAUCCAAUUAUCACCUUUGAUCAUUGUUUGGUACUUUUGAUAAUUUUACUUUGAAACUUACCUGCCAUCCACCCCCUUUCUACCUCACACUCCUGUCAUUCUGGGAGACAGCUUCACCUCUGUAUCCUGAGCUUGUGAACCACUUUGCUGGACACUUGCUGUUUAACUAUCGCCUGAGUAGCUGAAGAAUGACAGUGGAGUGAGUGUUAGGAAGACUGAAGGGAAGGAAGAUGAACCAUCUGACAAGGCUGGAGGCUGCUGAACAACAUCUGCCUUGUGUCAUAGGUGUUUGCUACAUUUUGCACAGCAUCUGUCAGAGCAAAGGGGAGAUGCUCAGUGAUGACUGGGAGAUGGAGAGACUUUACGUAUAUUAUGAACAGUCAAAGAAGGGGCCUCUACGAGGUGCUCCAGUUGAUCAGGAUAUAGGGUCAGGGAUGUGAAGCGCUCCAAAAUUGAUGCCUGAGUGUAGUGGUAGAAUAUGAAUGUCAUGUAGCAAAGGGAAAGAAUGCAGUGUGUUUGGGUAAUGAUUUUAUUAAGAAUUGAUAUUAUUAGAGAAAAACUGUACCUCAGUGAAAUUUUUCAGCUGAGUCAUGCAUGAUCAAACUUUUGAUUUAAACAUGAUACAGUGCAAACCUGAAGUCAAUGGACAUGUGGCAGAACAUGCCCAAAGUGAUGAAUGUGCACAUGGCAGUGCUGAUGGUCUCACAAAAAUGUGUAGAUGGCAACUGUUCUCUCUGUCUGGGUGGGUGAAAUGGUGCGGGCAUGGCUUGCCAUUUGGGGGAGUGAAAGGUGGCUCCCACUAUCCUGUGUUCUCCACAGGCUGCAGGACAUGGCUAGGUUGGGGUGCUGGCCAUGAACAUAGCACCACAAUGUUGUUCAGCACAGCUAUUUGCCCCUUCACCACAUCCAGCAUCCUUUCCUGCAUGUCCUUUCCUUUGUCCACAAGCUCCCUUGAGAGGAGGGGCCAGGAGAGUAAUUGAAAGUACACCUCUUCAGGCUGUCUUUCUAUAGAAGGAUGUUAUCCUGAAGCUAAUUCCCAAGAGGGAGAAGUAUCUCAUUCGAAAAGUCAGUUGACACAAUGGGAAGAUAUGCAGCAUUGCUCUUCACCAGGAUGGUGAUCUUCCUCCUUCCCCAGCUACUAUAGUAGUGAAAAGGAAACCACCUGUAUUUCAGCCCUGGGAAGGCUGCAUUGCCUUACAAGGUGCAUGCCAAAAUACAGCAGUCCCUCUGCCUUAAAUUCUCUUUCACAACAUCUCUUAUUACACCUACAGAAUAAAACAAAAUAAAUAGAAUUUUGCAGUUAUUGGUCUGAACCCAAGAUCUUUACACUAUUGCCACAAAUGUCUUAUUUUGUAUGUCUUAUGAAAUAGCUAUGUAACCUCGUUUGUGCUAUUUAUCCUCAUAAUAUGUUGCCCUGGAAUUGAGGGGAAUGUUACCCUGGAAUUUGAUCAAGCUAAUUGCAACCUUUGAUAUAGAAGCAUAUUAUGAUUAAGAUUGUUAGGAAUGUUUUGUUGAUAAAUAUUUUAUUGAAGUUAGGUGAGAUGAUGACCCAGUAGGGGUCACAAUGAGUGUGUGUUUUGUAAAAGUCAGUUAAAAAAAGACGAGAUAAUAGACGGUACUUUGGAACAGUUCUUUGAAGCUAUCCUGAGAGACAUUUUCCUGACACCAUACUCCCAGAGAGAAGUGACCGGCCUUCAGUGACCUGCUGCUAACUACUAAAUACCAUCUCAGAUUCUAGGUAAUUAUUUGGGAUGUUCUAAACCUAUUGCUUAUGUCUGUGUGUGCU